AUGGGCACCCAUCUUCAGCUUUGUGGCCAGGUCCCUGUCCUUCUGGUGGCCCUGAUGUUCUUCACAAAAGGUGCCCUGUCACUGGAAUGCCAUAGCUGCGUGGACCGGGGAGAUGGUGGCUGCAGUGAAGGGAACAUAAAGCAAGUGACAUGUCCAGCAUCUACCCAUGUCUGCGUGGAAACCGUGGCUGCUGUAGAAUGGAGUCACGGGAAGUUCUCCGUUGGUGAAAAGGGCUGCGGACUGGGCAUGCCGGGCACCAAUGACAAAGCAGUAGAUCUACAUGGCAUUCUGGCCUUCUCCCAGCUGCGUCAGUGCAACGACAGCAAUUGCAACACCAAACUGGACAUCAAAACUCUGGAGCUGCAACCCAUGGAUAACGAGAGUGCAAGGGUCCCAAAUGGUGUGGAAUGUUACAGCUGUGUUGGCAACGAGUGUUCAGUACACAACUCGAGCAUCGUCAAGUGCUAUGAUGCUUUCCGUGGUUGUUUCCAUGGCAAUGUUACCAUGAGAGCCGGCAACUUCUCCUUGACCAGGCCUAUCAAGGGUUGUGUCAAGGAUGAGGAAUGCACAAAGGUCAAGAAAGGAAGCCAUGCGAUCACCCUGGUGGGAUCCUGUUGCAAUGGAAGCCUCUGCAAUGUGAACCUCUCCAACAAAACACACUUCUCUUCUAAGAUUCCACAGCUUACACUUCUGCCCAAAAAAGAUGCUUCCACCACUACAUCCACACCCCCUUCUACAAGCACCCAUGUCAGUGUAACAGCCUCUUCUGCGGUCAACAAACAUCCCAUCACAGCGGGACCUUCAAAAUCCAGCCACGAUGAUCAAGACCACGACCAUGACCAUGACCACGACCACAACCAUGACCACGACCACGACCACGGACACCAUCACAAUGGUGAUGAUGAAGAAUUCACUCCAGCAAGAGAUGGGAGCACCUUCACUGCUGUGAAAGUUGAAGAACGACACAACCAACAAGCUCAGUCGCCACAUGGCCCAGGAGGCAACGCAGCGAACUUGAGCGGCUCCAUUUUGCCAGUCUUGCUGUUGGCUGCAUUGCUCAUGUGAAAGAAAACUGAAGAGGUGAAAUCAUAGUCAACCUGCCUUUUCCCCCCCCCCAUCACUGGUUCAGUCCCAUCCAACUAGAUUCUGCUGUCCUGUUUUUACAGGACUUCCCCUAGUCAGAUUAGGCUUUGACCUACCAAUGUCAGGCAUCUUGGUUUGAAACCAACAUUUUAAAUAUUAACCAUGGUGAACACCCUUCAGGACAUAAUCUGUGUCGGCCAUUUUGUCAUAAUCAUGGCAGCCAUUUUGUCAUAAGCAACAAUGAGUGGUCAGAAUCACUGAGUAGUUAGACUUCGAAAAAUGACAUUCUGUAUUAUGUUGAUGUGUAGCAAAAAUGUUCUGUUCUUACAAAACGUAGUCAAAUUACUGUUGCAUGUGAGCCUUCUCAAGGCUCAUUUUCAAACUUGCCACUUGGUGUAAACACAAGAGCGGCCAUUUUGU